AUGUUUUCGACUAUCAAAAAUUUUUUACAUCGUCAUAGAAGAAAGUUUCUUGUGACUGGUGCAGUUUUAGGGUCCAUUUAUUUUCUGAUGAGCUAUGCACAGAAAAAACUAAGAGAAUGGCAAGAAACAGAGGCCAAAAAAUUCUUUGAAAUGACAAGAAAGAAACAACACUUUGAAAGCACUGAGCGUACAUGUAAUCAAACAAUACUGUCACUUUCAAAAAUUGUUUCUGAAAAUAUUUUGACUUCAUUAAAUACUGAGGAAAUUGUACAAAAACUACAAGACAACCCUGGAAACAAACUGGAAUUAUGGGAACAAAUAAAAAUAAUGAUUUUUACCAGAAUAUGUGUGCUUGUGUAUGCUCUUUCAAUAUUACAAGUGACAUUAAGAAUUCAACUGAAUAUAAUUGGUGGCUAUUUAUAUAGAGACUCUGUAUUAGAACAUGAGCCACUGAUUGAUAGCAAUUUGCAAUCAAAAUAUUUGUCCUUGUGUCAUCACUUUGUUGGGGCUGGGUUAGAGGAUUUAGUAAGGCAGAUAGAAAGGGUGGUUAAAAGAGUAGUAGACCCUAUAUCACUAAAAAAAAAAAUAACAUUACUAGAAGUUGAACAAACAUUUUGGUCGAUCCAAACUAUUUUAUGUACUGAUACUAAUGAGGGAGAUCCUGUUAAAAAGAUGGUGCACUACUUGGUAGAUCACACAGAAAUAAAUGAGGCUAAGUUUGACACAAUUGUUAAAGAAACAAUGGAUGUUUUGGAAAGUGAUGAAGUUACGUCUGUAACUAUGUCUACUAUUAGUAGAAGUUUUUCCUCUGUUAUAGAUGAGAUAGCUAACUUAUUUGUCUCAAAGUGGGUACCAACAUCUAAGAAUCACUUAGAAGUGGAUGAGGGUCAUGUUGUUACUAAUGGUGCUCUAAAAUUAGGAGCCCCAGCAGAUCCCUUUAUAAAUGUCAAUAAGGUAGAAAUGCAUUUUGUAAAGCUCUUGCCAAUUGUUAAUGAGCUGAUUACAAAAAAUACAUGCAAAGGUAAUACAAACAUUCCAGAUUUACUUACUCAACAAUUAACAUUAAAUGACAAGUUGAAGCUUCUAGGAGCCAACAUUUAUGAAGUCUUUAGCAAUACAUAA